CCGUCAGUGGGAAAGUCGACAUGUUCCUUCAGGCGGGGGGGCGUCUCGGGGUCGGUGCCUUCCUAUGACCCUCUGGGGCCGGGAGUACGCUUGGCUGACGAGCGCGCCGGGGCCUGCGGGCUCCAAGCCUGGACGCCGGGCCCGCGUCCCUCCAGCCGGCUCCUCGGGGCCGCCCCACGUCGCGCUCCUGGCACCCGGGCGGAGGGGAAGGACGGGCUGCGACGUGGAGGGUCCUGCGCGCCGCUGACGAGCCUGCGAGAACGCGGGCGACGGCGCCCCGUGGAAACCGGAAGGCGGGGAGUCCCGGAAAGGGGCGGCCCGAGGGCUCCCUGGCUCGUUCGCGGGUCCGACGGAGUCUGUCACACCGGCCGCGAGGGAGCGAGGGGAAGGAGGCGCGUGGAGGAGCGGGCAGCAUCUCCGAGCAUGGGGAAGAAAUUGAACCCUAACCCCAAGUCCCGGGGGGCGGCGGCGGCGGCGGCGCCUAGGACAGUAUAAAACUUUUUACCAAGAAAAGAAAGCAAGUAACUAUACUCACGAAGAACUUCAAGAAACUUAUGGAUUUCUUCUGUUUGAAACUGAAAAUCAGGCGAAGUUGGUAUGUCAGCGUGGACUCUGUGUGGGCAGCAGUGCCAUCACCACUCUGGGUGACCCGGCGAAAGGGAAGAGUCAAGUUCGUGCCUGAGAAUUAUACCACUAACUAUACUAGCCCAUCUUCCGGCUGUGACUGCCACGUGGCUGCAGAUACUGACAAGGUCUCUCCCAAGACAAGUCAUUUUCGCACCUUUGAGCUGAGUCAGUAUUACCUCUAUGAACUUUCAGGCAGCACUGUUACUGAGCGACCCAGACAGAUCUGCCCUUACGUGAUUGUAGCUUUUCAGUACAGGGAACCUAAAAAGAUGGCAGCACCAGCUCCUCAUCAUAACAGCGUACUUGAACUUAAAGAAAAUGUUCUCAUCUCUCCAUGGAAAGGGAAAUUAAUCAUUCAGGGCUGUCUGCUAUGUGAUAUAACUCUUUGGUCGUCUUACGGUACAGUGGUUCCAACGCAACUACCACAUGAACUAGAUUUUAAGUAUGUAAUGAAAGUGUCGUCUUUGAAAAAAAGAUUACCAGAAGCUGCUUUUAAAAAACAGAAUUACUUGGAGCAAAAAGUCUGUUGCCAAGAAAUGUGCUUCAAUAUGUAUGAGGUGGAACUGUCAAACAAACAAGGGGAAAAAAUAGACAAGCUAACAGAAUACAUUAAAAAUGAGCAAUUGGCCAUCAUCAGAUGCUUAGAAGAGCGGGAGUUCUUCAUUUUACUUACAUCGUCGGCCUUAAUAUCAGAAACAAAUUCUGGGGAGGAGCAGGCGGGUCUACACGGGCUACAUUUAUUCCACUUAUCCCCGUCAGCAGGGCUGAAAGACUUGAAAGUUGAAGAUGACAUCUCACUGAAGGUGACACCUGUUUUACCUGCCCUUAACUGUGCCCUGCUAGAAGCAAAGAAAUCAGUUACUGAAAAAGGAAUCUCUCUAAACACAUUAGUCAAGCAUAAUUUCCGAGGAUUAUGCAAGGUGAAAAGAAGUCCUGCGUUGACUGCUGCGUCUCAGGACGGAGUUAAAGAGACUGCAUUCUUUGGCAAAGCGUCCAAUGGUUUUGACUUGGUUCCUCCCGCUGAAAAGUGCCCGUUACAGUCUUUCACUCAGUUGAAGUCUUAUUUUUCCGAUCCUAAUGCAUACAUUUUGGAAGUAUCCACUGCGUUAGAUUUAUUGGUAGAGCGUCCUCAGUCUCCUUGUAUCUCAGAUGGAAUUUGUGAUGCUGCAUUUUCUCUAGUUAUGACUCCAGAUCCUGAAUUUCAUGACUCAGAGGCAGAAGUAAGAAAAGAAACAGAGACAGAAAAGAAUUCUGAGGAGAUGAUUAAAGCAAGGCAGGGAGCUCUGGUCCCGUUAAGUUCGGCGGUGAGUCUGAGAGUUCAGCCCAAGAGAAAGGGGAGCGCAGUGCGCGCGGUGCCGAGUAAAAGGGUGAGCCUGUGCCGCCCUCUCCCCAAAAGGACCCCCGCUGGAGCCAACAAGGGGCCCGACUCUCCCACGACCCUCAAGUUAGUCAAAGGACAGUUUCCUCAGAAGAGGAAAAGAGGUGCUGAAGUGCUGACCGCACAGUUUGUACAGACAACCAAACUGGAUAGGAAGAACCAAGACGCUCCCGUUUCUAAAGAUGUUCCAGUGGCAACGGAUGCUAAACGGGCAAGGAAACAAGAGAAACCUCUAGUCAAAACUGUUCCAUGGGCUAAACCACCUGUGAAGAAAUCUCCACAAAAACAGAGGGUAAAUAUAGUGAAAGGCACUCAGAAUCCCAGAAUCAGAAAGCAGCCGCAACCUGCCAAAGGAGAAACUGCCUCACAGCUUCAAUCAGAAAUUUCAGAUGGUCAGGAGCAUGUUCUUACCAUAAAUACAGCUCAACCAGAAAAUAUCACAGUGGCUCAGAAAGCCCCACCUGAAACCUCCCUUGUCAGCUGUGACUCUCAGGCCCUGAACAUGUUGGCUGAUCUGGCACUGCGUGCUGCUACCUCUUCCACAGUGUCACCUGAGCCCAGACUCUUUCACUGCUCCCCUGAAUUGCCACAGAAUGAUGCUUUGCUUUCUAAAGAACAUUCUUUGCACGGUACAUCGGACCAUGAAUAUCACAGAGGAGUUAGAAGUCCAAAAGGUGGACCAUUACCUAAGUCCUCUCCUGAUAAGGAGAGCAGCCCGACGCCGGACCCCGCGGUCAACCAGGAGGAAGGGAGCCUGGUGCCUGGCAGUCAGGCCCCCGCAGAAGCCCGGUCGGCACUUCCCGAGGAAACGCUGGAGAGUUCCGACUCAAGCCAGAGCUCUUUUGUUGCUGUGGAGCAUUCCUACGCCCUGCUCCUUGCAGAACAUUCAAAGAGGCACCUGCAGCAGAGAGGGGCACCAGGCCCUGCCUUUGCCAAGAAUGGCACAAAAGGCCCCGAAGCGGGAACCCCCGUGGGGAAGGUGAUGCCAUUUCGGCAUCAGCAGAGCACCUCCCCGUUGCAGAAGCUGUCCGAGGACCCGGCGCUCAGGCACAGGGGCAGACUGCUGCCCUCCAGCCUGAGAGACUUCUCCUGCUCUCACACCGUGUUCAGCUGCGACGGCUCCUUUAAGGUCACUUUCAAGUGUGAAACAGAUUAUGUGUUCAGCUUAGACAGCAAAUACACCAACAACCCACUGGAGAAGACUGUAGUAAGAGCGUUGCAUGGGCCCUGGAAUACUGACUUGCCUGAUAACGUGGAAGAAGUGAAGCUUUUACUUCACAUGUGGGUAGCUCUGUUUUACAGCAAUCAAAACAAGGUCAUACGGUCGUCCCGAAAAGUGGUAGAGCACAGCAACCCAGCAAAAUACGUGUCUAUAAACAGCACGUUAGACUCGUUUGAAUUCAGUGAAGUCGAGGAGCCCUCCUGCGUGGACAGGUGCCCUGCGGACCCUCUGUCGGAGGCGAGGGGGGCUCCCGGGGGUUGUGCUGCCGAGGCAUCCUUCCCCGACACGCACUCCCUGCUUCCUUUCGUGAGACCGCCACCCACGAGGGGCUUGGAGCUCUGGCUGCAGAGCGAACAGAAAGAAGUUUUUGUGACAGAGGGUCAUCUGGAGACCCCAGAAAGCCAGAAUUACAUCUAUUCUAGUAACGGUGAGAUAAGUGCAGGAAAAGCCAAGCAAGAGACAUCAGAGAAAGUAGAGACUUCUGAUCUCGUGCUUUCUGGCAUCGGAGGCUCCCAGACUAAUGGACCCUCGAUUCCUGGUGAAGAGAAAGCCUUUGAGCCACUUGAUAGCACACGAGUAACUUCGUACAACGACGCUGUCACACAGACCAUGUUCGCCAAGACGUGUGAUGGGGCCAGCAGUCCACCAGUGAUCUGUCAGCAGUCUGUGUACGGCACCCUUCAGGGCGAGGUUGAUGUUUUUCACGCAGCAGUGCAGGCAGAAGCAAGUGCUCUGCAGGGCCUUGCCCAGCAUGCCAGCUUCGUAAACAAAGAGCGCCAGCCUUCGGCGGGAAGGGGGGAUGACACGGGGUGUGUGAUGAUCAAUCUGGAGCCAGUUACUCUCACUUUUGAAAAAAGUGCCUGUGUGCCGGUGCAGACAGAGGUUGUAAGCAGGCCUGAGAAAGCCACAGCCUUGAACGUGGAGCUGAUGAAGCAAGUAUCACCUGCUUCGAGUCUUCCACAUCCUGCGUCCGCAUUUGAAAAGGCACACACGCAGAGUGUUAGGGCCCUCCCCUCUCUAGCCGCGCCAGGACAGAAAGGCGCUAAGCACCUUUGUGCACCCUCAGUAAAUGGAGAGACACUUGCUAAAGAAAUGUGUUCAUUACCGAAGGAGCAGACUGUUCCAGGCUCACCAUCGCCGCCUGAUAACUCAGUGGCAUUAUCAUUAGUUAAAAGUUCUAAUUGUUCAUUACCCAGAGAGGAAAUGAAACUGUCUCAAGAAUUUCUCCUGCAGACUCAGAGUCUCUUGAGCAUCUCUUCAGAAGAGAUCAUAGAGCCGUCCCAGGUUGAAGACAUAGCCUCCUCGUCAGCCCCCGCCCCCUCGGGGAGAAAGCAUCCCCUCGGCCGCGUCCCGUCAGUGAGGAGUGCAGCGGACGGCUCUUCAGAACCCAAGGGAGACAGGAGUGGUCUAACCAGUGACAACAGGGGAUCUGGAUCAUAUAAUUCAGCACUUACCCAGCAAACCAGUCUACCCACGAAGAGAGAGGAGGUCAGCCUCGAGUUGUCCGAGGAAGACUCCGACCUUGACCUGACUCUCGCAGUGUCACCGCCCAUGAGCCACACAGAGGUGCCCACUGGUGGAACAGGAGGAGGGCGGGUGGCCCCGUUACCCGGCUUCAAGCUUCAGAAGCCGGAGGAAGAAGUAACUGGGCCAGGAGAUGGGGGUUCUGCUGGUAAUACGUCAGCGGGACCACUGGAAGAGGAGGAGAGAGGUGACAACCUACCCACAGUGACUCUGCUACUUUCUAAAGAAACGUGUGCCCUUGGGGUUGCAGAGGAGGUUCACGCGGCCUCAGACUUCCCCUUCGCUCCCUUCAUCGAAGAAGUGUCACCAGCUUCUAGUCCUGACCCCCAGGCACCAGGUGAAGCCACACAGCCAGCUCGGGCCGUGUCCCCGGGUGGUUUAAAACUCACUGACACACAGUGUAGGAAAAGUGACAAGUUCUCCCAGAUGAAGUCAGUGGACUUGGCCACAACAGGAAAAGAAAAUUUCUUUGUUGGUCCGACCCAUCCAGUGGGACAAGGUGACAUAACUCAGGCGCAGCAGGUGCAGCUCUCUGCUGAGACGCCUCCCACGUUCAGAAAUCGCCCUGGAAGAGAAGAUAGGUAUUUAACCCUUCCUGGUCAAGUAACUGAGAAAGCGGUCCCAGCUGAGUGUGGUGAGGGUUUCUCAUUCUCAGAAAAGGUGCCAUUCUGUGAUGCGGAGUUAAGCCAGCCUGCUUCUGCUGCCAAAUACGGAGAUUCUCCAGAAACCCUGGCAACAUCGGGAACUCCACUGCAGCCAGUGAGCACAGACAGCAGAGACGCCGACCUGUGCCAUCUUGUCCUGGGGACCGGUGAGCCUCCAGCCAGCCCCAGAAAGAUGACGGACAGUAAGUCUUUCCCUGACACAUUUCUUUCCGCCCCAAGUAGUGUGAGUGUGUCACUAAGACAGCAGGCCGGCCUGAAGAGUGGUAAGGAGCAGCUCGUGCUCAGCGAUCUGAAAUCAGAUGCAGGCUCUUACCUGCCAGCUAAGUCCUUGAGCUCCAGCCCAGCUGCUACAGCCAGCGUUGCCCUGGCCCGUGUGCGUGCGGAGGUGCCCAGGCCCACCCUGUCCUCGGACAGCGCCGCAGUAGCCUACUGUCCAGGCCCCUUAAACGUGGAGACAGGGUUUCAAACUGAGGAAAUCUCCGUCAUCAGAAUGGCCAGUUUGCUCAAGAAUAAUGACACUGAAGGUCAGUUACAUGGAAGAGCCAGCCACCUGGGCAGCGCGGGCGCUCAUCUGAGUACCGCCGCCCCUCCAGAAGGCAGGCAGAGGCCCGCCUGCGCGCUGCAGGACAGGGCCACGUGUGAGACGCAGGGCCUGCCGAGUGGUGGGCUUCUCCCCUUGUAUUUACGCACCAAUUCCUACCGGACAACAGCGGUAACCGGUGAGAAUAGCAGUGAAGAGCCAUCUGCGUCCUUUGUUCCCAAAUCUCUUGCCCCUCUUGUGUGUGGGGUCUCUGAAGAGCAGACAGAAAAUGAGACCGCGGGCGAGGGGCUUGGGGCCAAGGGGGAGUCUGAGGCCCUGGGCGGAGGCGUGGAUAUCGGGGUGAGUUGUGCCAUCCAUUAUGAACCGCUCUCCGGAGACUCGGAUCAGGACUUUCUUGGUGACUGUGGAAACCCCAAAUCAGACACGGAAGACUCCUGUGCUUCGCGGCGUAGUCACUCCAAGAAAAAAGAAGGUGCUUCAAAAGGCGAUUCUGACACUUUCCGGAGCCUGAACAGCAGCGGUGGUGAUGGCUGGGGCUGCUCUGGCCAGGCCCCUGGGCUGCAGGCCUGCAUCCCUCCCAGGAGCUGGCCCCUUGGGCUAAAGAAAGAAGACGUGCGUGUGCCCUGUUACGUCCAGAUCCGAGAUCUCUGCGGGGUGCCCAGGUCCUACGCCAACUUCACUGUGACUAAGGAGCACAAGGAAGCCUCGAGAACAUUGCCCAGCCUGAGGGGGCAGCCCAGCAUCUGGGCGACGUGGGGCCCGCUGAGCCUCUGGACGGAUGCUGGGCAGGCGGCAGACAGCCUCACCCAGAACACUCUGGAUCUGGAGUAUCUGCGCUUUGCAUAUAAGCUAAAUCAGAUUGUGAAGGGUGGAGGUUCUUGGCUUUCCGCCCCUGCCACCACCGUUUUUCCAAAGGAGCCCCCUCUCCCAGCUGCCGCCGGGGCCUUCCCUUUGACCACAGCCCCCGAUCCCCUGGGGCACCCUGCCUCCCGGAGCAGAAGUCCCCUUGUGGUGACAGUCGUGCGCAAGGACACCAGACACCAGAGUCAGCAGGCGAGGGGCCACACACCUGGCCAUGGGAGCCGUCCCUCCUGGAAUGAGAGGUGCGGCUACAGUAGAAAUCGCCUGAGGAACUCAGACAGAAGCCAGACUGUUUCUUUCCACCUCAACAAACUGAGAUACAACAGCACUCUGAAAGAGUCCCGGAGUGACAUUUCCCUCAUCCUCAGCGAAUACGCCGAGUUCAACAAGGUGAUGGCCAACAGCCACCAGGCCGCCCUCCCAGACAAGGGGCCGGCCGGUGCUCCUGGGGAGGCCGCGCCCUGCGAGCCAGGCCCCUCCCCGGCGAGGCCAGCCUCCUACGAGGACAUGGUCUCGGACCUGUGCACCAGUCUGCGUGUCAAACUGGAGAGGGUGGUGAAGGAGGCCUGCACGAGCACCUUCCUCUUCCACCUUGUCGAGACGGAGGACAGGGCAUUCUUUGUGCGAACGAAGAACAUCCUGAGGAAAGGGGGCCAUGUGGAAGCAGACCCUCAGCGGUUCUGCCAGGCUCCUCGCAGAGAGGAGGACACGCUGAUGGUCAUCAUCAGAAAUGAGGACAUAGCGUCGCACUUGCACCAGAUUCCCUCUUUGCUGAAGCUGAAGCAUCUCCCCAGCGUCGUCUUCGCCGGAGUGGACAGCCCUGAGGACGUGCUCGACGGCACCCACCAGGAGCUCCUGCGGACGGGAGGCUUCGUGGUGUCAGAUGACACAAUAUUAGAAACUUUAACCUUAGUUCAACUGAAGGAAAUUGUCAAAAUCCUGGAGAAACUAAAUGGAAAUGGGAGGUGGAAGUGGCUGCUUCACUACAGGGAAACUAAGAAGCUGAGAGAAGACGUGAGGGUGGACCCGACCGCACACAGGAAGAGCCUGAUCCUGAAGUCGUGUCAGAGCGCGGACAUCACCGAGCCGCUCCCCUACCACCAGUGUGACUCUCGGUCAUCAGCAAAAACCGAGCACCUGAAGUGCCUGCUAAGCCUGCAGGUUCAGCACGUCCACGCCAGGUUUGCCGUCUUCCUAACAGAAAAGCCUGUGGUCUCCAGAGAAAUCUUUGAAAAUGGUGGCAUCCUCGUCACAGACGUAAAUGACUUCGUUGAAAAUAUACAAAAAGUAGCCGCUCCGUUUAGGAGUAGCUACUGGUAAGGACCCAGCCCUCACUCUCCAGCAAGGGACUGACAGCAGGUAACGUCACCCGUGAGCGACCAGCUGUGCGAAAACUGUCUUGCACCUUACACAUCAGGCUGCAGAGCUCAAGUGUUUGCUUACUUAGGGGUGGAGCUGCUGCUGGUCUGGCAUAAAUGGCAUCACUCAAGUGUCACUCAUGAGGUAACUGACCUACUUUGGGAACGACGUACAUGUCACCUGCAGGCCGUCUGACGCCAGGCCAGGAGCUGCUGUGACCCAGACGCAGACACUUGUUUCCCCCUUAGGCAGCCUCCUGCUGAGAUACUUCAUGGUUAUUUGGUUUUAAAGAUGAAAUUAUUGUCAAUUUUGUACUUACCCAGGUAAUUCAACUGCAGCUUACCUAGACAUCGUUGAUGCCAACAAGAAAUUAGUUGUUUUCCCUUUUCCCUGAAAACCUCUGAGGUACACAGAACUUCAGAUCAGUGCUCUGCAGCCUGCGGGAAGGCUCUCCUCCAUCUUCACGUCGCUGGGACAUCUGGCCUGGUCCCCAGCAGCUCUGGGCUGCAGUGUUGCCAUUGUUCUAAAUUAUUCUCACUUUGAACAGUAUGCCUUCAAAGCUUUUAAUUGAACUUAACGUUAAAAAUAAGAAUUUUACAAAUGUACUCAACGGUAGCAAAAACUAGCAAAAAAAAAAAAAAAAAACCCGUUUUAA